AACGAUUUUACGUACGAGUUAUUUCGUAAGGACAACCGGACGUUGGAAGGAUAGAAUCGUAGUUAGUAGAUUUUUAAAGAAAUUCUUAGCAAAAGAAUUCAGUCCCGACUUCAGUUUAAGUGAGAAUUAUCACAGAUCCAAAAUGGGUAAAGGAUUCAACAAUUAUAUGACGAAGAAGUUCUUCCAUCCCGGAAGUAAAGACAACAUAAAAAGGGUUUGGAUGGCACAGCAGAAAACAGACUAUGAAAAGCAAAAACAAGAUGAAUUGCUUUCUCAGUAUCAAAAAGAACAGGAAAUGUACAAGAACAGAGCUUUACUUGGAGAUGAGAAAGCAAAACUUGGUCUGAGUUUUAUGUAUGAUGCUCCCCCAGGACUAAAGAAAAAAGAGACUGAAGAGAAAGAAACUGAAGUGAAAUUUGAAUGGCAGAGAAAAUACAAUGCUCCCAGGGAACAGUACAACAAGGAUGAUGAGACCAUUCGUGACCAGCCUUUUGGAAUCGAGGUUAGAAACGUGCGGUGUAUCAAGUGCAGGAAGUGGGGCCACGUCAACACAGAUCGGAUCUGUCCACUGUUUAACCAGGACCUCACUGCCGAGCCUCCACAACCCUCCACCAGUGCCUCUUCAUUACUGGAGGGAAUGCAGAGCGAGGGCUUAACGCUGAAGAAAAGCAUUCUGGGUAAAAUGACAGAUGGCGUGGACACAGAGAAGCUUCUGAAGAGUGAGGAUGAAGAUGACCCCGAAGUCCAGUUCCUGAAAUCCCUGAAUCCCAAACAGAGGAAAAAGUUACUGAAAAAAUUAAAUAAACUGCAGACUGGAAAGAAGGAAGGGAAAGUUGAUAAAGACAAGAAGAAGAAGAAAAAGAAACACAAGAAGAAGUCUUCAGACUCAGAUGAAGAAUCUGACAGAGAAAAGAAGUCCCACAGAAGGAGAAAAAGUUCAUCGUCUAGUUCUGAACACUCAGAUAAUGAACAAGGAAGACGUGAACAAUUCAGGAACUCGCAAUUGAGGCAUUCUCCAGAGAGAAAAGGUCACGGAAGGCGGGAAAGGUCACCAGACACAUCUCAGAACAGACGCAGGAGAAGAAGUACCUCAUCUAACAGUUCACCGCAGAGAGGCAGCCAGGACCAAAGGUCAAGGAGAAGAGAUUCCCGACGAUCAAUAUCCAGGGAUCGUAGUCCAAACUUUAGAAAGCAACAUAGAAGAAGAUCAUCCUCUUUUGAGGAAAAGAACAGGGACAGAUUACAAAGUUUUAAUGAAAGAGACAGGAGAGAGGUUAAUAAUAGUGGUAGGAGGAGGUCAAGGUCACCAGCUUAUAGGAGUAGACAAAGAGAUCAAGACAGAAGAAGAAGGUCAAGGUCGUCAUCAUCUUCAUCGGAAAGAGAUGGGAGGUUGUUUGAAGGUCAACAGAGAAAUGCUGCAAGGUCCUCAGAACAGAGACAGAGACUGAACAGAAGAUCUGUAUCCAAGGAACGAAGCAGAAGGGACAGCCAUAACGCAAGACAAAGAAGGUCAAAUUCCAGGGAGAGGAAUGAAAGGUCAAGGUCACGGGACAGAAGACGACGAUAAUAAUGAUUCGAGUCAUUAAUGAUUCAUUCGAAAUGUUAGCCUGUGUCUCUAUUGUACCUUUUUGUGAUAUAUGAGAUGAAAGAUCCAAGUGAAAAAUGAAAUGAAGAAAAGGUACUUGUACAGUUGUACUCAUGGUUAAUGCCUGAUAAUGCAGAAAACACUAUGUGUUUUAUUUUUUGUGCCAACUGAUUAUAUUUGACAGGUCCAACUCAGGUUGUGUUGGCAAGUUUCCUGAAUUCAUUUUUUACAAAUCUUUUAAAAGGUAUUGAGUUUUGAAUGGCACCAUAUAUUAACAUUUUGGAAAUUUAAAUUAACAAUUUUGAAUGAUCUAUGUGUUUGUACCUGUAUUUAAAUAAAGUAAAUUAAUGCUG